UUCAAUUUAAAGAGACGAUUUAAUCUCAUACUAUUUGUAGAUGGGAAUAAUGUGUAGUUAAUAAAAAUAUAAAAUGAACAAUUUAGUCCAGAAUUUUGGCCGGAUUUUAAACGACGAGUUAUUAGAAGAAUUAAAUGAUGCUAUUAGAAGGUCCAAAAAUUGGGCAAUACUAUGUAGCCGUGAAGAUCUAUUAGAAGAAAAUGAACCAGAAAAUUUGUAUAAGAGAUAUCGAGUCUGUGGAGUGCAUUUUGAACCAAGAUACUUUCUAAACGAUCUGCGUAAUAGGCUACAACCAACUGCUGUUCCAACAUUAUUUCCUGGAUUAAUAGAUGAAACCAAAUUAGACCUCAGUUAUUGUGUAUUUGCACCAGUAAAAGAAGAGUUUGAUAUUGAAGUUAAUAAUGAAGACGUACUAUCCACACAACCUUCAACAUCAAAAAUUUUAAUUCAACAAGAUAUCAUUGUAAGAGAAGAUCAUAGUUUUCCACAGUUGCAGCCUUCAACGCCGAAACAUAUUCCAAUUCCGGAUAUGGUAUCCCCAACGCAGCUCACACAAACUUCGCCGAAACUUUCUAAUCGUUCUCCAAGAAAAGAGAAGCUUAGAAAUAGUAACAAACAGCUUAGAAAUGAUAACUACCGGCUACAGCUUCAAGUUUGUGAAUUAGAAGACCAACUGGUGAAAACGAGGACAGAAGAUAUUUCUCUUGAAGAAUAUAAGAAAGCUACUUUCAGAUUUUGUCCAUCUACAAAAGUAGGAAAUUUUAUAAAUGUUCAAGUUUCACAAGCUCUAAAGAAACCAAAAGUCCGUCCGACGGCGAACAACCAACUUUUGUAUUUUUAUUUUUAA